AUGAAGCCUGCGCAAACCACCCUUCACUACCAAGUGGUAUUGAAGUUCCGGCGACUCGCCGAGGCAUUCACGGUGAGAGUCAGCUGCUACUAUGCGCUGAUCGGUGUUGCACACGACGCAACAACCGAAGAAAUACAGGCAGCUAUCGAGCUGGCCUUCGAGGAGGCGGAUUCCAACGGGAUAAGCGUCAAGACUCUGCGCACGGCCUACAACGUAUUGACGAGCCUGCGGCGUCAGGAAAACCACGACCGACGGCAUGCUCAUGGAUGUACACUGUGCAUCUAUGAGCCCGUCAAGCGGAAGCCUGAAGUCGCGCUCAUGAAGCCGUGGGUCGGAAUGCCUAGCGAGUCGCCAAUCGAUCGCACAGGCCCCGCACCCAGAAUCUCCGAAGGUCCAGACGUCACCCAAUCGGUCGACGUGUAUGAGACCAGCCCACUUCGUGCUCUCUUAGCAGUACGGAGUAGAAGACGGCAGAGGAAAGGUCGUACUUUUCUUCAGCCGCUCUGGGAAGCUGCGGAUACGAAGACGCACGCGGCGAAGGAGAAGCUGGUGUUGGUGGCAGAGGGGACGACCACGGUGGAUUCGAUCUUGGGACAGAUGGGGUGGACCAUCGGCGCUGAGUGA